GAAGUUUAGGAGGGAGAGGGGAAGAGGAGCGCCGCGCGUCGCCAGCUGCGCCGCCUCUCGCUCCCAUCGCGCGCAACUAGAGCGCACAGGCGUGCGCCACGACCCGGGAGGGCGCGUUAUUGAUGCUUCUCUUAACGAUCCGGAUUUGGCCGCAUUGAGGCUGGCCUGGGGCGCAAUACACUCCCCAGACACGUUACUGGCUGCCCUCGACACCGCCUCCCGUGGAGCUAUGAUUCAGACUGUUACAGACACCCUCACACACUUCAGAGAGAGAGAGAGAGAGGACGCGGGGAGAGGAGACGGCAGGGGGGUGCUUUUAAAAGAGGGACAAACACCCUCCCGGGAAGGCAGUGCCAAAGAGGACCCCGGAUUAUUCCCAAGCUAGGUGCCUGCCCUCUGCUGAGACUUCGCUCCUCCUUGGGAGGGACAAGAAGCUGAACUUUCCUGGACGUUCCUAAUUUUAUUUUCCCCUGUGGAUUUCUGCGCAUCGCCAUGAAGUUCUGCCUUCUGCUGCUGAGCGCGCUCUGCGCUGCCGGCGAGGGCUCCCUCUCAGGUAAGUACAUUUUUGGGGAAAUGGGGUGCCAUGCUUUAAGCAACACCCCCAACCUCCUUUUCCUUCCAGGUUCCAGGUUUUAGGAGCCCAAGGAAACCCCGAGGUGGAGUGGUUUCCCAGGCCUCCCCGGGGACAAGGGAACGCGGGUGUUCCCCAAGAACCCCGGCGCUUAGAACGUCGUAUGGGAUGGGAAAGAGGGCGUCUAAGCAUGUGCAGAGUGCGGUACUCAAGCGGGAUCGCUGAACUAGUUUAAAAACUUUCGGGAGUCAGUCCCAACCCAGUUCUGACUCCCUAGAAUGGAUGUGGGUGGGCCGAAUUAUUAUUAUUAGUAGUAGUAGUAGUAUACUGCGCUAUUACAUAAUAAUAAUAAUAAUAAUAAUAAUAAUAAUAAUAAUAAUAAUAAUCCCCCGCCCAUCUGGGCGGCUUCCAACAAAAUAUUAAAAUACAGUAAUGCCUCAAACAUUAAAAGCUUCCCUAAAAUUACAAUAUCAAAAACACCAAAAAUUAAUCAAUUACCAGCCCAAGCUUUUAGGGGAUUGCAGAAGGAGACUGUGAUGAUUUUUAAGGUGAUAAGUCAAGGGAUAUGUUUUUGCGGGGCGGGGGGAGUUAAACUUAUUUUAGUUCUGGUAUGGUCACUGUUAAGAGGGUUUGAAAAGGAGAGGAUAAAAUAUGCCCUCCAUCCAUUUAAAAUGGUUUUAAAAGCAAGAGGUGGUUAGGAAUUAAAGGGUGGUUUUUAAUGAUGCCCCCCCCCGAGUUCUUGAUUGUUAAAAAAAAAAAUCAAUAAAUUAUCAAUAAUAAAAAUAAAUGACAGUGAUUUAAGACUUUCGAAAAGCUGAAAUAGACUAAAAACCGAAUGAAACUUGCAGUGACUUUCUAAACAUCUGGGGCGGCUCGUCUAAACAGAAAAUGUGUUCAGCGGGCGGCAGAAAGAGUGUGGCGAAUGCGCCUACCUUAUCUCAAGUGGCAGGGAGUUCCGAAGGUUUUCUCUAAAGCGAUACAGCUGGGAAGUUUGGAAAGGAGCAAUAGAAUCGGAAGAGACCGUCACGGUUUGCACACAUUUGUGCUACAAAUGUGUACCCCUCAGCUAUCUUUGGUGGUGUGCCAUAGUGCCUUAGUGAUCAUGCGCGUGGGUUUCUGCGCAUGAGCAUUAAAGCGUCUAUCUAUUAUUAUUAUUAUUUUGCACGCCAGACAGAUCUGAACCCUUGACAAAGACGGUCCAAGAAACUAGCUGUGCUUGUGGUGCCUCUAGCAUGAAUUUUCUCCGCUGAGGUAACUGACGGCAAAAUCUAUGGCGCGAUAAUGCCAGGAUUGCGGGUUCGAAUUCCAUGCACGACACAGCUGUCUAUUCCAGCGUUGCAUGGGGGAACUAGAUGACUCCAACUCUGUGAUUCUGUGACCGCACUUGGAACACUGCGUACGGCUCUGGUCGCCUCUCACCAAAAAGGAUGUGUUGUAGAGCUGGAAAAGUAAACGUUUUUUGUGUUUUUGUUGCAGUCAAGAGGUGCAGAAACUUAAUGCAAAAGCAGGUUUUGGGGGGCUCCUGUGGGGGGGCGGGUCAGGAAUGCUUGGGCUGUGAUUCCUGCAUUGCGGAGGAAAAAAAUAUUAUUUUAUUUUUAAAAAAAUUAUGUAUAUAUUAAAUUUCUACACUGCCCUUCAUCCGAGGACCGCAAGGCGGCUUACAAUAUAAAAGCACAAAGAUACGCAAUGUACUAGCCAACAAAAGUAGAAGCCAGCAACAGUACCCCGCUGCCGCUGUUUGAAAAGCCGUAUUUUCAUGGAAUUGUAGAGUUGCAAGGGAACUCAAAGGUCAUCCAGCCCAACCCUCUGCAAUGCAGGAAUCUUUUGCCCAAUGUGGGGCUCGCAGCCACAAACCUGAGAUUCGGAGCCUCCUGUAUUUUUGCUGUUGCAAAAAACCGCCCUGAGAUAUGCAAAUCUAAUAAAUUAAUUAAAUGAAGGAGCCCAAAGUCCUGGGAGGAUGUAGACUUGGAAUUUAGGGUUGCCGGCGAUGGAUCGGAGGGUUCUGAGCAGUUGAAUCUGUGCGCCGAUUUCCCCAUUUGCAAAUUAUGGGAUGUUUUAAGCAAAAACAUGCCUCUCUUAGUGUUUGGGGAGGGAGGACCCUCGCAUGGCGAGACUGGAAUCCGAGCUCCUGAACCAGGUGGGGGUUUUGAAAAAGGAGACGCUUCCUUUGAAGUGGGGAAAUUAAUCUUUCAACAGGGCUUUACCUGCAGUCGAGACUCUUCUUCGGGUAAAAUUGCACAAGACGUCCCUCUUUGAUGGGAAGUGGGGGCCAAGUCAGACAGGCAGGCAGACAGACCUGCAGGCCAAAUGCUUAAUUUUAUUUUAUUCCCUCCACCCCCAGCAAAAGUCUAGAGUUUCAAAGCUCUCUUUGGGGUUGAGAGUUUCCUGCGGCCAAGAGAGGGCUUACUAUCCUUGCUAUAACAACAACAACUAUUAUUAUUAUUAUUAUUAUUAUUAUUAUUAUUUAUACCCCGCCCAUCUGGCUGGGUUUCCCCAGCCGCUCUGGGCGGCUUCCAGCAGAACACUAAAACACAAUAACCUAUUAAACAUUAAAAGCUUCCCUAAAGAGGGCUGCCUUCAGAUGUCUUCUAAAAGUUUGGUAGUUCUUUUUCUCUUUGACAUCUGGUGGGAGGGCGUUCCACAGGGCGGGCGCCACCACCGAGAAGGCCCUCUGUCAUUCGGUUGAAUUGCUAGCACAUUAUGCUCCUGCCCCUUUCCUGAAUUAAAGGGGGUUAGAACUGGGGAAAUAGAAGUCCCCAGUGCGGAUGAUGUGGGUCAAAUCCUAUCGCAGAAUCGUAGAAAUGAAAGGCUUGGACCCUUGCAAUGCAGGAAUUUUUUUGCGCCCCGUGUUGGACUCGAACCCGCAACCGUGAGAUUAAGAGUGUCAGGCUCUGCCGACUGAGCUACCCAUGUUGGAAGGGGAAGGCAGGGUUUUUUGGGGGGGUUAGGCGCAGGGCGACAAUUGGGUUAUACAGUCGCCCAAAUACUGGGUGCGCUGCAAAGCCACCGGCUAUCUUAACAUGCCCAGAGGCUCACUUUUCAUCCCGUGGCCUUAAACACCUAAGAAACCCCUCUCCUUGGCGGACGGCAACCUAGUCAGAUGGGCAGGGUAAUCAUCAUCAUCAUCAUCUCUGCAAGAAAACCUUCCUCCACCACCUCCUGAGGGAGUCCAUUUCACCAUCAAACAGCUCUUGCUAUCAGAAAGCAAUGUUGACGUUGAGUCAGAAGCUCCCUCCUCGUAACGUGGAGCCACGGGUUCGAGUCCUGCCCUCCAGAGCAGGAAGAAACAAGCUUGCUGCUCACACUGGCUCACACUGGAGAGCCAGUGUGGUGUAGUGGUUAAGAGCGGUAGUCUCGUAAUCUGGGGAACCGGGUUCGCGUCUCCGCUUCUCCAUCUGCAUCUGCUAGGUGACCUUGGGCCAGUCACACUUCUCUGAAGUCUCUCAGCCCCACUCACCUCACAGAGUGUUUGUUGUGGGGGAGGAAGGGAAAGGAGAAUGUCAGCCGCUUAGAGACUCCUUAGGGUAGUGAUAAAGCGGGAUAUCAAAUCCAAACUCUUCUCCACGGCACAGCCCUGCAGUUGCUUGAGAUUUAAAGGCAUCAUAAAACAACUGAAUUGUAGAGUUGGAAUGUGCCCCCGGGGGGUAAUCUAGCUAGCCCAACCCUGCCUGUAAUUCCGGGACUGUCCCGGGAAAACCGGGACACUUGGAGGAGGGUGCGUCGUUGCAGAGGGUUGGGCUGGAUGACCUUUGGGUGUAAAAUCCCCAAAUCUUUGAUUCUGUGAAAUUAAACAGCUCUCCAAUUCAAAAGGUUCGGGAAGGUGUCCUCGCUGCUGAUUGUUAUAGGAAUUAUAAGGUCUUAUAUCUUAAAAAGUAGAGACAUCACCUUGCCAACAAAGGUUCGUAUAGUCAAAGCUCUGGUUUUCCCAGUACUGAUGUGUGGAAGUGAGAGCUGGACCAUAAAGAAGGCUGAUUGCCGAAGAAUGGAUGCUUUUGAAUUCUGGUGCUGGAGGAGACUCUUGAGAGUCUCAUGGACUGCAGGAAGAUCAGACCUCUCCAUUGGGAAGGAAAUCAGCCCUGAGUGCUCACUGGAAGGACAGAUCCUGAAGCUGAGGCUCCAAACUUUGGCUACCUCAGGAGAAGAGAAGACUCCCUGGAAAAGACCCUGAUGUUGGGAAAGAUGGAAGGCGCAAGGAGAAGGGGACGUCAGAGGACGAGAUGGUGGGACAGUGUUCUUGAAGCGACCAGCAUGAGUUUGACCAAACUGCGGGAGGCAGUGGAAGACAGGAGUGCCUGGCGUGCUCUGGUCCAGGGGGUCACGAAGAGGCGGACACGUCUAAACGACUAAACAACAACAAGGUCUUUUAUAUAUAUAUAUAUAUAUAUAUAUAUAUAUAUAUAUAUAUAAUAAAUGUUCAUAAACGUACAAGGCAAACACAUACAUAAGUAUACAAACCACAUUCUGCAAUAGUACAGGAGAGGAAUCCUGAAGCCGUUUUGACUCUCCCAAAUUGACCUCAAAUAUUUCUCUGCAAGGAGGAAGGAAAUGGGGAAAGCUUUGCAAGUGUCUUUGGACUGUAGGGGCUCACACCUCCCUUUUCGAAUACAGUCUGGCAAGUAUCUGUUAAGCUGAGCAAAGUUAUCAAUAUGCCUAAGAGAUUCAGGAACUAAAUGUUAUCUCCAAGGAAUGGCCAGGCUAUCUAGAAAAGGCAGUUGAUAAGGCAUGAUCAGGUAUCAUGGCAGACAGGAGAGAAGCAACACACUCCAAUUUCUGCUGGGGACCACCUCUUUCUGUGAUGUAUGCGUGAUGUUUUGGGGGGUGGUCUUGAGCGGGUGGCACUGUGGGUUAAACCGCAGAGCCUAGGACUUGCCGAUCAGAAGGUUGGCGGUUCGAAUCCCCGCAAUGACGGGGUGAGCUCCCAUUGCUCGGUCCCUGCUCCUGCCAACCUAGCAGUUCAAAAGCACAUCAAAGUGCAAGUAGAUCAAUAGGUACCGCUCCGGCGGGAAGGUAAACGGCGUUUCCGUGCGCUGCUCUGGCUCGCCAGAAGCGGCUUAGUCCUGCUGGCCACAUGACCCGGAAGCUGUACGCCGGCUCCCUUGGCCUAUAGAGCGAGAUGAGCGCCGCAACCCCAGAGUCAGCCGCGACUGGACCUAAUGGUCAGGGGUCCCUUUUCCUUUACCUUGAGCUACAGGGGAGGCAAUUUCAAACGUCUAUAUAGGAGCUUGCACACCAAUGUUGGGGGUUCCUCUCCUCCUUCCCUGCGUGGGGUGAGCGGAGGACCCUGUUGCUACAGAUUAAGAAAGAUCAGGCUUACUAGCUGCUUUGCUUCUCAAUAUUUUCUGGUUGGCCUCUGUUAUUUUCUCUGACCGAUGGAGAACCUACUUAAGGACUCUAUAUGGGCUCUUGGAUACCCCAUAAGGGAAAAAGGAGCAGUUUUUUCUUAUAACAUUGGCCUGUUAUUUUCUCCUACUGAUAGGGAACUGUUAACGGAGAAAUCUGAGGGCUCCCUUGGACAAAAAACAAGGACACCAGCCAGGAAUACCAGAGCAAAACAGCAGCCAGGAGGCUUGGUCUUUAUUGAAGACGGUCGCGACAGGACUCCCACCUGCCACCAGGUGGAACAAGAUGGAAGCCCUGAACAAAAGAGCCCCCAAACUUUUAUUAGCUGCUAAUCCCCAUGUUACACCCCCCAAACUACAUCACUCGUACAUCACGGUUACAUCAUGAAAGGGAAGGUCUGGUGGCCGUAAUCUGAGCAUCCUGGACCCUGCCCCAUGGUUCCCCUUGCCCUCCACCAAACACCCAUUAAGCGUAACAAAAAAGAUGUUUCCCUGCAUCACUCGUACAUCACGGUUACAUCAUGAAAGGGGAGGUCUGGUGGCCGUAAUCUGAGCAUCCUGGACCCUGCCCCAUGGUUCCCCUUGCCCUCCACCAAACACCCAUUAAGCGUAACAAAAAAGAUGUUUCCCUGUUUCCCAGCCAAGUUCAUCACACCCUUUUGUCUUCAUCUGGGUUUGUUAUUUCUGGAAUGGCUACCUGUCUGGCACUCAGGUAUCAGGAGGCCAGGGAUUAUCACUCAGGCAGAGGGGCUGCUGAGGAGCUGAGCUCACAUGUCUAUAUGAAUUUCUGAAGUUUUCCCACUGAGCCAGUACACAGAUACAUUGAUCAGUGAAUUCUUACAUUUGGUAUCGUGCAGCAGAGGCCCUUUGAAUAGAUAGGAAAAAACUGCGACGAGGUGUUUUGUGGGGACAAAUCGCAAAAGUCACAAAAGCGAUUGUGCUGGUUUUGGUAGUGGGCUGUAUGUGCGUGAUAUCUGCUGGAGGGGCAACCCCCCAAAAAAACCUAUACAUAAAUUCCUGCAACAGAACCUACAUAAGGACUCUGUACAGAACGUGUCCAGAGGAGGGCAACCAAAAUGGUCAAAGGCCUGGAAACGAUGCCUUAUGAGGAACGGCUAAGGGAGCUGGGCAUGUUUAGCCUGGAGAAGAGGAGGUUAAGGGGUGAUAUGAUAGCCAUGUUCAAAUAUAUAAAAGGAUGUGACAUAGAGGAGGGAGAAAGGUUGUUUUCUGCUGCUCCAGAGAAGUGGACACGGAGCAAUGGAUCCAAACUACAAGAAAGAAGAUUCCACCUAGAGAUUAGGAAGAACUUCCUGACAGUAAGAGCUGUUCGACAGUGGAAUUUGCUGCCAAGGAGUGUGGUGGAGUCUCCUUCUUUGGAGGUCUUUAAGCAGAGGCUUGACAACCAUAUGUCAGGAGUGCUCUGAUGGUGUUUCCUGCUUGGCAGGGGGUUGGACUCGGUGGCCCUUGUGGUCUCUUCCAACUCUAGGAUUCUAUGAUUCGACAGGCUCUUGGAUAUCCCAUAAGGGAAAAAAGAGCAGUUUUUUCUUAUAACACUGAGAAAGGGCACCUCUCCUGAAUUGAGGAGCCGUGGGGGUGGGAUGGGGAAGCUUUCCUUCCACCCUCUCCCUCCUGAAACGUGGGAGCGUCUGGGGCACCCCAGACAGGAAUGGCCCCGGGGGCUUUGCUCUCCAAAAAAAUGAACGAUUCGUUCAGCAGAUUAAGGAACAAACAGCCUUUUGAAUCGGCUGCCAGCUGGCUGGCUGCUUUGCCGCCGGCUGUCCUGGGUAGUACUUUUUUUGGGGGGGGGGUUAGGUUUGAGGAUGCCAUGAGCACUGGGGGGUGCAAAUCAGAAGUCCCAGACAGACCUCACACGCUCAGGCCUGAUCUUUCACUCCAAGAGCCAAACAAAGCACAGUUUGUCUGUCCAGGGGGUUUUGUGGGGGGUGCGAAGAAGAGAUCAGGCUUGUUGUGGGUGGGGGGCAAGAAUGAGGGGGUCAGCCCUCGCCAACUUGUUUUGAAGGCCCGCGGCGAGCGAGGUCCCGGCAGGGUCAUCCAACCCCCUGCAAUGUCGGCCCGAGUCAGAACUCGAACCCGCGACUUUGAGAUUCAGAGGCUAAUUUUCUACACUCAACAACUCCCAGUCUAGAAUUGCAGCCUUUUUUUGUUUUAUAUCAGGGGUCAGCAACCUUUCUCAGCCGGGGGCCGGUCCACUGUCCCUCAGACCUUGUGGGGGGCCAGACUAUAUUUUGGGGGAAAUAUGAACGAAUUCCUAUGCCCCGCAAAUAACCCAGAGAUGCAUUUUAAAUAUAAGCACAAAUUCUACUCAUGUAAAAACACCAGGCAGGCCCCACAAAUAACCCAGAGAUGCAUUUGAAAUAAAAUGACACUCAUGUAAAAACACGCUGACUCCCAGACCAUCCACAGGCCGGAUUGAGAAGGCGAUUGGGCCAGAUCCGGCCCCCGGGCCUUAAGUUUGCCUACCCAUGUUUUAUAUUGUAUCAGCUUAUUUUUUUUGCCAGCGUCAGAGUAUAUCUAUGAAUAGCCAGUAAUUCUUUUUUUAUUAUUAUCAUUUGUUCUGUGCAGAAAUACGCUUAGAUUUUGCUUCCUGGCUGGCUCUUCUGCCCUAAACGCCUAACCAAGUUUCCGGUCCUCAUUGCCGUGAAAUAAAAGACUGGUUUUAAAAAGGACAGCGGGAAGCAGCGCCGAUCCACCUAGGCCUUGUAUUGUCUGCUCUGGCCCGCAGCAACGGCUGCAAUGGCUUCUUAGGCACGGUGGUAUUCUCUGCCUGGAGAUAUUGGAGAUGUUUCACAUGCAAAAUAGGAACCCUAAGCACUUAGGGUAUUUGGUGGUAGACUGUUCCUGAGAAUGGAAGCUCCACGGAAAACUAGCCACUAGGAAUAAUAGGCACCAAUGGGCGAAUCCUGCCGAUUGCAGGGAAACCACAAAAGGCCCUUACGCAAAGUCUGCCAAUAGUCAAGGCUGUGAAAGUAGAACUUCUGUAGCCUAGUGCAGUCUAUCUCUGCUCUAGAUCUCCUAUGCCCUUUAAAAAUGUGUUUUUUUCCGGGGGCAGGGCGGGCUACUGGGCUGUGGUUUUUAUUUUUAUUAGGUAUUUUGUGGUUUUAUCUCUUGAUUUUAUUCUGUGAACCGCCCUGAGACCCUUGGGUAUAGGGUGGUACAUAAAUUCUAAUCAUCAUCAGUGCUUUCUUUCUUUAAAAAUGUUUAGAGGUACUCUCAUUUUGACUCAAGAAAGCCACCAUUUUAUAGUUCAAAUCGGGGGGAAAUAAAUACAGUAAAUGGACAAAAGUACAAAAAUUCACAAAAUGUUUAGAGGCAUGUGUACCCCUGCUUCCCCCCCGAAAAAAAGCACUGAUAAUAAUAGAUAUAAACAUAAAGAGUUGGUCCGAACAGGCUCCUGGAAUAGAUGGGCCUGUAACAGCAGCCUCUUCCGACGUUCUUAUGAAACCUCCAGACCCAGAGCAGUCUAUCUGGACUCCUAGGUUGUUUUAUGGUCAUUCGGCCGCUGUGACGACAGAAUGCUGGUCUAAGCCACGUAAGCUGGCCAGUCAUGUGGCGGUGAGUUCCGCGAGCUAACCAAUCUCUUAAGAGCCGAUAUUCCGUUCUAACGGCCCCUUUUUUCCCAAACAGGCGGCAUCUGCUGGCUGCAGCAAGGGCGCGAGGCAAAAUGCACCAUGAUCGUCCGGACCGGCGUGAGCUGGGAGGAGUGUUGCGCCAACGGUAGCACGGACAUGGCCUGGUCAAACGCCUCACACCCGGACAACAAGAUCAGCCUCCUCCGGAUCCUGGGGCUCGUGACCUGUCACCCUUGCAAAGGUAGAGGGCCUUUAAAAAAAAAAAACUUUGCAAGGGGCCACCACUAUGAAGGUGCCGUGGAAGCUGGGAGCCAGCAGUAGGUGGCGCCAGAGCAAAGGGAAAAAAGUCAGGCAGGUGGCAUUCUUUGGCAGAGGGCAGACUACAGCGGCAAAUAAAACGUUUCAACUGUCUUUUAUUUUCAUUUUUAGAAGCAUUUUCAUUUAGUUUUACGAAACAGGAAAAUUGCGACAGUGCCACCUGCAUAACCGUCUAUUGAGAUUUCUCUGAAUCUCCUGGCUUCCCACCAUCGCAUCUUCGACUGCAUAUUAUUUCAUAAUCCACAUAUUAUAACUCUCCGUAUUAUUCAUAGCAUUUGCUCUUAAAAUCCUGCUAAUGUUUUUAUUUGCUUUGCAGCGGUCGUUUUUAAGUGUGUUUUAAGCGCAUUGUGCUAAUCUGACACUAGGUGGCGGUGGCGAGCAAAGGGCAAAUUCAAUUUAUAUAUUUUGAAAUGUGUGUUGUUGGUUAAAAAAAGCAUCUUCACGGUGUGUGUGUGUGUAUUAAUAUAUAUAUAUGCAUAAGGUAAAGCUAAAGGGACCCCUGACCGUUAGGUCCAGUCGUGGACGACUCUGGGGUUGCGGCACUCAUCUCGCUUUAUUGGCCGAGGGAGCCGGCGUACAGCUUCCGGGUCAUGUGGCCAGCAGGACUAAGCCGCUUCUGGAGAACCAGAGCAGCGCACGGAAACGCCGUUCACCUUCCCGCCGGAGUGGUAGCUACUGUAUUUUUUGCUCUAUAAGACUCACGUUUUCCCUCCUAAAAAGUAAGGGGAAAUGUGUGUGCGUCUUAUGGAGCGAAUGCAGGCUGCGCAGCUAUCCCAGAAGCCAGAACAGCAAGAGGGAUUGCUGCUUUCGCUGCGCAGCGAUCCCUCUUGCUCUUCUGGCUUCUGAGAUUCAGAAUAUUUUUUUUCUUGUUUUCCUCCUCCAAAAAUUAGGUGCGUCUUGUGGUCUGGUGCGUCUUAUAAAGCGAAAAAUACGGUAUUUAUCUACUUGCGUUUUGACGUGCUUUCGAACUGCUAGGUUGGCAGGAGCAGGGACCGAGCAACGGGAGCUCACCCCGUCGCAGGGAUUCGAACCGCCAACCUUCUGAUCGGCAAGUCCUAGGCUCUGUGGUUUAACCCACAGCACCACUCAUGUCUCUCUCUCUGUAUGCGUAGUUUCCACCUAAGUCCGAUUGGGCAGUACUGCGUUCGCCCCAAUUUAUCACCCUCGAUUGCAGCCACCACGAAUGCAAGGAGACAUAUCGGGACAGCAACGUUCUCCAUCAGUUCCCUAGCUCAGAGAUCGCACCCAUUCAAGCUGUUGUGUUUUAGGGAGAGUUACGUAUGUGGCCCCCCCAAAAGAAGAGAACGUGCCCCUAGUUCUGAAACAGGCUCUCCAGGCGGAAGGAGCUGCAGGUGGAGAAUACCGUAUUUUUCGCUCUAUAAGACGCACCAGACCACCAGACGCACCUAGUUUUUGGAGGAGGAAAACAAGGAAAAAAUAUAUUCUGAAUCUCAGAAGCCAGAACAGCAAGAGGGAUUGCUGCGCAGUGAAAGCAAAAAUUCCUCUUGCUGUUCUGGCUUCUGGGAUAGCUGCGCAGCCUGCAUUCGCUCCAUAAGACGCACACACAUUUCCCCUUACUUUUUAGGAGGGAAAAAGUGAGUCUUAUAAAGCAAAAAAUACGGUACUUUCCUUAAACUGCUUUUUGUAGACGGGCUCCCUAGGGGUCAUCUACUCUCACCCCCCAGCGCUACAAACAAAAAGUUGGGGCAGAUUUGGGGAGGGCGACGUCCGGAAUUUCCUGGACAUAUAUCCGGAAUAUCAGAAGCAGUGUCAACCCAGUGUCGCUUUUGGCGAUCUUCCUGAACUCUUUUUCAUAACUAGCCUUCAUUGGCAUAAGUUAAAACAGGAAAAAUCACGAAAUGGUACAAAAUACGUUGACAAUCCAAACACACAUACAGAAUAUAAAAGACUAAAUUAAAGGAAAAGACUGGAUAACCACAAUGAAAUAAAUCAGGCAACUUUAGAUUUAGGCUUUAAGAAUCUCAGGUGUUCCUUAAGAAUAGUUCAUAAAUUAUUCCCUGCCCCCUGGAAUUUGCACAAAAAAGCUCAACAGAUUUUCAAUGUUUGAAAUAUGCAGGAAUCCUUUGCCCGCCGCGGCACUCGAACCCACAACCCUGAAAUUAAGAAGCUCCUGCUCUGAGCUGUCAGGAGGGGGAAAAACCCCACCCUGAAAAAAAACAACCAAUCUCAAAAACUUUUGUGUCCGGAUUUUCACUGUUUGAAAUACGGCAACCCUAGAUUUGGUUCUUUGCGCCCUCCUUGCGGGGCACGACCCUGCCGGGAAAACGGGUGCUGCUUUUUCCCACCCCCAGACUUGCCUUGGGGGGGGGGUUACAUUCUCCCAGACAGCCACAGAGAGCCCACCCACGUCUCCAAGGGGGGGGGACGACUGUGCGUCUCGCCCCUCUCCCAUCUCCGCCAGACUUUUUUUGUUUUGCCCCGGGGUGACCCUCCAACAUAAUGCACCCGUCUGUCUCCUGAGACUCUCCCUCCUUCCCCACAGACCCGGGGGCUCCCCCCAUCCCGGCUGCCUCCCCCAGACAGAUCCUUCCCUCUCUCUGACUUGUUGUUUUCAUGUCACGGAAGCUGCGGAAGAACAGGGGCAUCUAUUGUGCGAGAAAAAGCUCUCCGUGGAAAGUCCCCCUCUCCUGCAAAACCCAAGUUUUCGGACUUGCCGCGAGCACAUCGUUGCAAAACUCCGGUUUUGCAGACCCUCCAGCUUGUCCCAGGGGAGUCAUGAGGACUGCAAUCUUGUGUCGUUUUUAAGAGAAGCGUAGAAUUUUAGGGAAUCUUUGGGUCAUCAAACCAAUGCAAUGCAGGAAUCACAACUGAAAAAUCCCGGGCUCUUGGCCAUCUGACCUCUGCUUAAAUACCAUUCCCUCCAAGUGCCCCUAUUUUCCAGGGACAGCCCCCCGAUUUAGAGAAGCCGUCCCGGUUUCUGAUCUGACCCUGGAACAUCCCGCUUUUCCUUAGGACGUCCCUAUUUUCAGGGGAGAAACAUUGGAGGGGAUGGAAUAGGACGUCCCUAUUUUCACGGGAGAAACGUUGGAGGGGAUGGAAUAGGACGUUCCUCUUAUCACUGGAGAAACGUUGGUGGGGAUAGAAUAGAACGUCCCUAUUUUCAUCAAAGAAACGUUGGAGCGGAUGGAAUAGAACGUCCCUAUUUUCACUGGAGAAACGUUGGAGGGGAUGGAAUAGGACGUCCCUAUUUUCACGGGAGAAACGUUGGAGGGGAUGGAAUAGGACGUCCCUAUUUUCAUGGGAAAAAUGUUGGAGAGGAUGGAGUUAUCUGACCCCCGAGCCGUCUGAAGGCAAUCCUGUAUAGGGAAGGUAUUUUUAAAAAAUGUUUAAUGUUUAAUGAUUUUGCUUCUCUCCGUUUCCUUCUGCUUUCUGCAGAUUUUAAUUUAACUGCUCUGCCGUGCUUCGGAUGACUAAUAAUAAUAAUAACCACCUCUCAAUUCCUCCUUCCUCAGAGAGCUGUGAAGGGGUGGACUGCGGUCCGGGAAAAGUCUGCAAAAUGAAAUAUGGACGCCCACACUGUAGCUGCGCCCCAGAUUGCACCAACCUCUCCCGGAAACUUCAGGUGUGCGGAUCCGAUGGCUUCACCUACCGAGACGAAUGCGAGCUUCUGACGGCAAAAUGCAGAGGACAACCCGACCUGGAAGUCAUGUAUCAAGGCCGGUGCAAAAGUAAGCUGGUCUCCCCACUCCAAACUCCCACCACGGGCAUCUUCCAAAGUUUGACUAACAAAAAACACAAGCGCUCUAGAAACUGUGGUUUGUUAAACCCAACCGCAAAUGGUCCGGCAGGUUAUCGGACAAACCGUGGCUUGCGCCAACACAGUCGUACCUUGGUUCUCAAAUGUAAUCCGUUCUGGGAGUCCGUUCGAUGUCUGAAAAUGUUCAAAAACUGAGGCACGGCUUACGGUCGGCUGCGGGAGCUUCCAGCGUUCAAUCGGAAGGCAAGUCGGAUGUUCGGCUUCCGAAAAACGUCCUCAAACCGGAACACUCACUUCCGGGUUUGCGGCGUUCGUUUAAAAGCCUGGGAUGGAUUAAUCCGUUCUGUAUUCCUUUCUAUGGGAAAGCAGCGCACCUUGGUUUUGGAACGCUUUGGUUUCGGAACAGACUUCCGGAACGGAUUAAGUUUGAGAACCAAGGUACUGCUGUAUUGAGUAGAAUUUCAUGACAGAAAGCGGUGACAACUCGCCCAAAGUUCCAGCUGAUCUUGAUCCUUGGACUACUGCAAGGUGCUCUCCGUGGGGCUGCCUUUGAAGGUGACCUGGAAACUACAACAAAUCCAGAAUGUGGCAGCUAGACUGGGGACUGGGAGUGGUCACCGAGACCACAUAACACCGGUCUUGAAAGACCUACACUGGUUCCCAGUAUGUUUCCAAGCACAAUUCAAAGUGUUGGUGCUGACCUUGAAAGCCCUAAACGGCCUCGGUCCAGUAUAUCUGAAGGAGCGUCUCCAUCCCCAUCGUUCUACCCGGACACCGAGGUCCAGCACCGAGGGCCUUCUGGCGGUUGCCUCACUGCGAGAAGCCAAGUUACAGGGAACCAGGCAGAGGGCCUUCUUGGUGGUGGCGCCCGCCCUGUGGAACGCCCUCCCACCAGAUGUCAAAGAGAACAACAACUACCAGACUUUUAGAAGACAUCUGAAGGCAGCCCUGUUCAGGGAAGCUUUUAAUGUUAGAUGCAUAAUUGUAUUUUAAUAUUUUGUUGGAAGCCGCCCAUAGUGGCUGGGGAAGCCCAGCCAGAUGGGUGGGGUAUAAAUAAUAAAUCAUCAUCAUUAUUAUUAUUUCUCUGAUGUGUCUGUGUGUGUCCCCUUGUGCAGAAUCGUGCUCCACGGUCGUGUGUCCCGGGACCCACACGUGUGUCGUGGACCAGACUGCCAGUGCCCACUGCGUCAUGUGCCGGGCCGCCCCUUGCCCAGACCCUACCGACAUUGACCAUGCGAUCUGCGGGAACAACAACGUCACGUACCCCUCCACCUGCCACCUCCGAAGAGCCACCUGCUUCCUGGGGCGGUCCAUCGGCGUCCGACAUUAUGGAAGCUGCGCAGGUAGGUUUUCCCCUGGGGUUGGGACCCAAAACUCUGUUUGGCAUGGUUUCAGCCCCAGUGUGUCUAGGGUCUCAAACCUCGGCAAGUUAGGGGUUCCCCCUGCAGGGUAAUACAGUGGUGCCCCGCAAGACGAAUGCCUCGCAAGACGGAAAACCCGCUAGACGAAAGGGUUUUCCGUUUUUGAGUUGCUUCGCAGGACGAAUUUCCCCAUGGGCUUGCUUCGCAAGACGAAAAUGUCUUGCGAGUCUUGAGAUUUUUUUUUCGCUUUCCCCCCCCUUUAUCUAAUCCGCUAAGCCUUUAAUAGCCUUUAAUAGCCUUUUAGCAGCUAAUCCGCUAAGCCUUUAAGCCUUUAAUAGCCGCUAAACCGCUAAUAGCGCUAAUCCGUUAAGCCGCUAAUAGGGUUGCUUCGCAAGACGAAAAAACCGCUAGACGAAGACUCUCACGGAACGGAUUAAUUUCGUCUUGCGAGGCACCACUGUAAUAAUAAUAAUAAUAAUAAUAAUUUAUUGUUUAUACCCUGCCCAUCUGGCUGGGUUUCCAGAGCCACUCUGGGCGGCUUCCAACAAAACACAAUAACCUAUUAAACAUUAAAAGCUUCCCUAAACAGGGCUGCCUUCAGAUGUCUUCUAAAAGUUUGGUAGUUAUUUUUCUCUUUGACAUCUGACGGGAGGGCGUUCCACAGGGCGGGCGCCACCACCGAGAAGGCCCUCUGCCUGGUUCCCUGUAGCUUGGCUUCUCGUAGCGAGGGAACUGCCAGAAGGCCCUCGGCACUGGACCUCAGCGUCCGGGCAGAACGAUGGGGGUGGAGACGCUCCUUCAGGGUUACUGGGCAGUUUAGGGCUUUCAAGGUCAGCACCAACACCCAAAUUGUGCCCGGAAACGUCCUGGGAGCCAAUGGAAGUCUUUCAAGACCGGUGUUAUGUGGUCUCUGCGGCAUAGGCAAACUCCAGCCCUCCAGAUGUUUGGGACUACAACUCCUAUCACCCCUAGCUAACAGGACCAGUGGUCAGGGAUGAUUGCUGGGAAGUUUCUGCCUUUGCACAUGAGUCUGGGAAUGUUCUGAUCAGUUCACAUUGAGUUCAUGAAACAUCACACCCUGACCUGUUCUUAACGCAUUGUUGACCACAUCUACGGAACGCGAUAGUUAUGUUCUUUCAUGUCAUGCAAUAUCAAUCACUAGUAAUAGUUUAAGUCUUGAUAAUCAAUCACUAGUUAAUAGUUUAAUAAGGAGGUUUCACGCCUGUCCAAUUCUGUUUUCCUUUUCCCAACCUUUAAUCUAUUGAUGAUUAAUGCCUAUAUUCAACCUUUGCAUUGUAUUUGUGUUAACCAAUCAGCAACAAGCACAUAUGUGGUAAUUCUGUAAUAUUCAAUAAAAGAGACUCGCCAAGACCUGCUCGGUAGAUGCCUCCCAUAUGACACUUGCCAUUCGUCUGUCGUUUAUUUCAACCCAACAGAUGAUGGGAGUUGUAGUCCCAAACAUCUGGAGGGCUGGAGUUUGCUUAUGCCUGGCUUAGGGCCUCAUUAGACCUAAAUCCGGUCCUGUUUGUGGGAUAUCUUUGGGAGAAUAAAAAACUCGGGAGUAAACCCUACACAGAUCCGGAGGCCCUAAGGCAGUUGGAUGGCGCCUUGUCCGCCUCUUUCUGGCCACCGCCUCUGUCUUGCUCUGUUAUCCUUUAGUCCCCCAUCAGCAAUUCCCCCAUCCGGGAAUUGUAGCUGUGGGAGGGGAAAACUACAGAUCCCAUAAUUCUGUUGGGUGUCGAAGGAAAUAUGCCUCCAGAUUGUAAGUUCUUUGCGGGCAGAGAGGCCUGACUUCUGCAUCCGUCGCCCACGCUGACGGUGCCGUUCUAUGCAAAUCCUGAAUUUUGCCCUCUCCUCUUUUGAUUUCUCCCGUAGCCCCGAACCGAUACCCACUGGACACAGAUGAAGCGGAGGAAAACUACAUCUGAACCUGCCGUUGUGCUCUAUCCGACUCCCGACGACACGCCUGGGGCAUUAUCUGUUAACGAUGUACAGACCGUAUAUAUCUGAUAUUUAUUAAGACCAAAAGACGACGACAGCCUUAUUUAUAUAUAUAUAUAGACAGAUAGAUAGAUAUCUCGGCUGAUGUCACCUAAGCAUAUCUGCCCCAGUUUUUCCUCCUCUUCCUCCUUUUGGGCACCCCCCCACUCUGCAGAAUUCUCCUCCUCCUCUCCUCCUCACAUUGUGAGAGCGAGGGGGAAGCCGGGACUGCAGUUCUUGAGGUCUAGCAGCUUAGCUCAGAUCAGUAUGGGGUUCUCUGCUCUCUGCUUGCCUCUCGGCGACACCCUAUCCCUGCCCUAAAAUCCUGCGGGAGGUUUUUCUCUGCGCUGAGCGGAAAAUUCAGGCCCUGCCCCAACUCCCGAAGCUGCGCCGUUUGUUAACAUCCCGUUGCUGACUCUUCCCACAAACAUUCCGUGACAUCACAGAGAUCAAGCCAAUAGGCACACUUUGGGACGGGAACUCACCCAGACAAAUUACCAGUUUUUAGCCUUUAAAAAUAUAUACUUAUAUAUCUCUCUCUAAUUUAAAUUCACCACUAUGGUCACACCGAGUGCCUCAUAAGCUGGGUGUUGUUGUUGUUUUUAAAAAAGAUGUUGUUUCUUGUUCUCUUUCUACAUUUUUUAAAAAAGCCUAUUUUCUAU